AUGGGAAGAGAUAUCUUAAUUGGUUUUGUCGGUAAACCGUCGAGUGGUAAAUCAACAAUGUUAAAUGCAUUGACUGAUGCCACUGCAAAAACAGGAAACUUCCCUUUCACAACUAUAGAGCCAAACCGGGCCAUUGGAUAUGCUCAAGUAGACUGUGCUUGCUCUCGUUUUGGAUUAGAAGGCCAAUGUAGACCUAUUUAUGGAGGCUGUAAAAAGGGAAAACGUGCAAUUCCCAUUCAGCUGCUGGAUGUCGCUGGAUUGAUUCCUGGAGCACACACCGGAAAAGGAUUGGGAAAUAAGUUUUUGGAUGAUUUAAGACAUGCAAAUGCAUUGGUACAUGUCGUGGAUGUAUCAGGAACAACUGAUUCAGAAGGUAAGGCUUGUCGCGGGUAUGAUCCUUCUGUAGACAUAGAAUGGUUGUACAACGAAAUGACUGCUUGGAUUGGCACGAACCUCAAGGAAAAAUGGCCAAAUACUCGUCGUCGUCAUAUAGCCUCAAAAGCCAAUCCGGUUCAUACCUUGCAAAAUCAGUUUUCGGGUUACGGAAGCAACCCGGCAACUACAGCCAGAGUAUUGGAUUCUCUACAUUUAAAUGUUCCUUUAGAAAGUUGGGACGAAGCAACUUUAGAUCGUAUUGUCAGUCGCUUUGUUGACAUCAAAUUUCCGACUGUAAUUGCUUUAAACAAGAUUGAUCAUCCUGACGCCGAUGCUAACAUUUCGAAAAUCGCAAGACGAGAAGAUCCAAAGCGACUCGUUUUGGCCUCUGCCGUUUCUGAGGUGUUUUUAAGAAGACUUGCAAAACAAGGGUUUGUAAAGUACGAAGAGGGCUCAGAGUUUGUCGAUACGAUAGAUGAGUUUCCUGAUUCCGAGUUGAAACCCUUAAGCGAGAGUCUUCGCACAAAAAUCACAGACAUUCAAGACAUGGUCCUGUUUCGACAUGGAUCAACUGGCGUCUGUAACGUAUUGGCCAGAGCCAUUGAAUUGCUGGAAUUGAUCCCAGUAUAUUCUGUUAAGAAUAUUCAUAACUUUGCUAAUAAUCCUAAUGAUGGUAUCUUUAAGGAUUGUGUUUUGGUAAGGCAAGGAACUACAGCUGGGCAAGUAGCCCAAAUAGUUUUGGGAGGCGAGGCCAUGUCUAUAAUUGGGAUCAAUGGAAAUGUGGGAGAAUCGGAUCCUAUUAUUGCUGGAAAAAAUGAUAUUUUGAGUUUUAGACUGCGAAAGGAUUCUUAG